AUGCAGAUUGGGCCAGCUUUUGUGUAUACUUGGGAGAUAAUCUUGUGUCUUGGACAUCAAAGAAGCAAGCUUGUAUUUCAAGGUCCAGUACUGAAGCUGAUCAAAGGUACUCCUGUUGUUUGGGUUGACAAUCAGAGUACUAUAUCCUUAGCAAAUAAUCCUGUUAUGCAUGCGAGAACAAAACAUGUGGAGCUUGACAUCCAUUUCAUUAGAGAGAAGGCCUUGAGUUUCCAAUUCUUCACCAAGCUUAAGAAGAGACUUACAGUGAGUUCCUUACCUUGGCUCGAAUUGAGGGGGUGUGAUAAAUUAAUAUCCAAUCAGCAUUUGCCUCGUCAGCAUGACCAAUGCACCUCCUCCUUGCAUGAAGACAAACAACAUGCAGCAGCUCGUGAGGAUUUUAGUAUAGAAGGUACAAAGGCCAGCUGCAAUGGUAUAACGGCUCUCUCACUCCAGUCUCCAUCCAUGCAGCCACGUGGACGGCUCAGAUUAACCACAGCUAAUGAAGAGAAGAAGGAUCCAGAUCCUUAG